AUGGUCGUGGACCAGAGCCUGUCGCUGCUGGCCGACGCUCGCCUUGAGGAGCUGGCGCAGCUGGCGGAGUGUUUCGUGCAUCUGCGCCUGCGGAAGCCGCUGAAGGACUUGGCCAUGAGCCUCGACGCCGGGUUCCCGCCCGGGGGUGGGCGGCGCAUUCAGAGCUCCGAGGUGGCUCUGAAGUUGCAGGGCACCGGUGCCGAGGACUCGCUCGAGGCGCUGCCCUUUGUGGUGCGCCUCAUCCGUGCGACGGGCCAGGGCUCCUUGGUCCGCCUAUUCGCGGACACCCUCGCGGACUGCAAUGUCCUCGAAGGUGCCGGAGUGGUCUUGUUCUGUGAAGCGACCUGCAAGAGUGCAGUUUUGGAGCUGGAUUUCGUGGCAGGCAGUUUCCACUUCGCGGGCGCCGUGGGCAUGGGCAUUGCUCUUUGCCGCAGGUGCCGGCGAAGCCGGCUUCUGCGCCACGCAAGGCCUGCGGAUCCGGCGGCGCCAUGGAGGUUGCUGGAGGCGCCUGCAGGCUCCGUGAAGGAAUGGUACUACUGGAACGAGGAAACCGGUGUCACAUCCUGGGAAGCGCCAGUGGAAUCAGAGGACUUGGGGGAUUCUCGAGGGCGAUGGCGUGCCAACGUGUCGCCUGAGGGAGACUUGUACUACUACAACGAGGUCACCAUGGAGACCUCCUGGACCUUGCCAGAGGAUGCCAUUCUGGACGGCGAGGAGGCAGGUGAGAAUGCAGGAGGAGAAGAGGACGAGAGGAUAUCAGCAGCCCAAGCAGAACUAGCAGUAGCCGAGAAGGCUGCAGCUGAGCAAGCCGCAGCCGAGAAGGCCGCAGCCAGGCAAGCGGCAGCCGAGAAAGCAGCAGCCGAGAAGGCAGCAGCCGAGCAGGCCGCAGCCAAGAAGGCUGCAGCUGAGCAGGUUGCUGCCGAGAGCGCAGCAUCCGAGGAGGCAGCAGCCGAGAAGGCCGCAGCCGAGAAAGCUGCAGCUGAGCAGGCUGCUGCCGAGAACGCAGCAGCCGACAAGGCAGCAGCCGAGAAGGCCGCAGCCGAGAAGGCUGCAGCUGAGCAGGCUGCUGCCCAGAACGCAGCAGCCGAGGAGGCAGCAGCCGAGAAGGCCGCAGCCGAGAAGGCUGCAGCUGAGCAGGCUGCUGCCGAGAACGCAGCAGCCGAGGAGGCAGCAGCCGAGAAAGCAGCCGCUGAGAAGGCCGCAUCCGAGCAAGCAGCAGCCGAGGAGGCGGCAGCCGAGAAGGCCGCAGCCAAGAAGGCCGCUGCCAAGGAGGCCGCAGCCAAGAAGGCCACUGCCGAGAAUACCAAGAAGGCCACUGCCAAGAAGGCCGCAGCCAAGGAGGCCACUGCCAAGGAGGCCACUGCCAAGAAGGCCACUGCCAAGAAGGCAACUGCCAAGAAGGCAACUGCCAAGAAGGCCACUACCAAGAAGGCCUCAACCAAGAAGGCUGCAAAGGAAUCUGCCACCACGACAAAGAAAGCUAAGGCAGCCAAGCAUGGAGCAGCUGAGGCAAUCGGGGAGGCGGCCAAAGAGCCAAGCCAGACGAAAAAGCCAAAGAAGGCAAGCAAGGCCAAAGAAGCCGGAGACGAGGUCAGCAUCCUCAUGGAGGAGCUGGAUCUCACGGUGAGCGGCCUCCAGGCGGAGGUCGUCAGUGACACUUUGAGCUUCUUGCUCUCCAUCAUGCCGAGCCGUGCUUUCUGGGCGGAGGCGCUCCAAGGAGACCCGGAGCUUCUGAAGGCGGACCCUGAGGAGUUGCAGGAGGCGUGGCAGUGGCUGGAGGAGUUCUUGUGGAACCAGGACUGGGCGGUGCCCUAUGGCCCCAUGGCCCUCGCGGAGGCGGUGCAGCACCAGCCAGCCCUCCUUUACCAGGGAGUCGCCGGACUACGGGCGACCACUGCCUGGCUGGAGCAGCAUGGCUUGGACGAUGAAGCGGUGAGGUCCUUUGUGAGGGGCCCCACUGCGGUUCCCUUCCCCUCGCAGCCCUACCCCUGGAUCGAGAUCCUGCAGCUAGGAGCAGAACGCCUCGAAUCUGCUGCCCAGUGGUUGGAGAUAGAGAAGGGCUGGAGCAGAGAUCAGGUCUCUAGCAGCUUGCUGGCGGAGCCGUACAUCCUGCUGACUGCAGCCACUGCAAGUGGCGCGCCGAAGCCCUAUCGAGACUUUCCUCAGCCUGAACCACGGGAGUCGUGGCUGGACACGCACGUCCAGGAGCUCAGCGAUGCGUGAGAUGGCUCGUGCCAACGGC